AUGAUGAGAAAUUCAGAAGUUACUUUUUCUAAAAUUGACAGUUUGAAUAACGAAACUGUAUUUUUAGUAAAUAUUGGAGACAAAUCUUACAAUUUAACUAUCGGGUUAAGAGAACUUCUACUUAGAAAAAAACCUGAUUUGAAUUUAGUAUCAAGCGCUGAUAAACUCGUAUACAAAGAUAUUCUACACCAUACUAACGCUCAUAAGAGAGAUUUUAACCCUAGAGGUCAAAUAAGAGCUUCAAGAGAUGCGGGCAAUACAAAUCAUGAUAAUGAAAUUUUAUCGAUCAUUGAAGAAUUAAAAGAAGCUAACAUUAUAAAGGAAUAA